AAUCAGCGCGCGGGGGAGGCGUGGUCUGGACGAGCGGCGGCAAUGGCGGAGGCGCUGAGCGCGGAGGCGGCGCGGGAGAUCCGCCAGCUGGAGAAAUCCAAGGAAAAGUCGCAGCGGGACGGGAACGCGGCCGAGGAAGCGGCAGCCUGCAACCGGCUCGGGGAGAUCCUGGCGGAGCACGGCCGGUUCCCGGAGGCGCUGGAGCAGCACCGCCAGGAGCUGCGGCUGCUGCGCGGCGCCGGCGACGCCCUCGGCACGGCCGUGGCGCACCGCAAGGUGGGAGAGCGCCUGGCCGAGCUGCAGCGCUUCCCCGAGGCCCUGCAGCACCAGCAGCAGCACCUGCAGGGCGCUCUGCGCCUGGGCUCGGCGGUGGAGCAGCAGCGCGCCUGGGCCACCAUCGGCCGCACCUUCCUGCUCAUGGCCGAGGCACCUCCCUCAUCCCAAAUCCCGGAAUUCCCCGAAUUCCCGCAAUUCCCGGAAUUCCCGGAAUUCCCGCAAUUCCCGGAAAGCCCCGAGGGAGCCCAGGGAACCCCAGGAAAUUCGGGAAUUUUGGGGCAUUGGGCGCUGCGCCGGGCGCUGGCGGCGUUCCAGAACAGCCUGGACAUCGUGGAGACACAGCUGGAAGGCCAGGUGCCCUCCCGUGAGCUGCAGCGGAUGCGGGCGCGGCUGUUCCUGAACCUGGGCCUGGCGCAGGAAUCCCUCGGGAACCUCCAGGAGAGCUCCCGGCUGCUGCGGCACAGCGCACACGUGGCCACGCAGUGCCAUUCCCUGGAGGAUCAGUUCCGGGCCCAUUUCAAUCUGGGGCUGCUCCAGCAGCGCCGCCGACAAUUCCCGGAAUCCCUUCGGAGCCUCGAGCGCGCCCGGGAAUGCGCCCGGAGCCUCCGGCCCCCGCGUCUCCUGGCCGAGGCCGAGGCCGCCAUCGGACAGGUGCAGCUGGCGCGGGGGGAUUUCGGCGCCGGGCGUCGGGCGCUGCGCCGCGCUCGGGCUCUCGGCAUCGCCCACGGCGCCCAAGGGAGACACGUCCGCACCUGCCUCCGACACGCCUCCCGGGUGUGCCGUGCUCUGGCCGCGCUGUCCCGCUGUGACCCCGAUGUCCCCUCGGUGUCCCCAAUGUCCCCAAUGUCCCCAAUGUCCCUCUGCGAGCGCCUCGGGGACAGUCUGGCCCGCCUCGGGCACUUCCAGCGCGCCGCCGAGUUCUACCAGAAACAGCUGGAGCUGGCGGAGGCGGCGGCGCUGCCGGGCCGGGACCUGGCCGUGAUCCACGUCUCGCUGGCCACGACCUUCCGGGACCUGGGGCAGCAUUCCCGGGCCCUGGAGCACUUCCAGAGGGAGCUGGAGCUCAGGAACGGGGAGCCCCUGGAGUCGUGCCGGACGUGGCUGAACGUGGCGGCGGCUCUGGAGGAUUCGGGGGCGGCGCCGGCGCAGAUCCUGAACCCCCUGCGGAACGCCCUGGGGUGUGCACGGAGCGCCGGGGAUGAACGGCUCCAGCGUCGGGUGCUGCGGCGGCUCCGGGCUCAGCAGCUCCGGGCCGGGGACCCCGAGGGGGCCGAGGAGACCCAAAAGGAGCUCGGGGGGGACCCCCGGGGGGAGGAGGAGGAGGAAGAUGAAGAUGAAGAUGAAGAUGAAGAUGAGGAAGAGGAGGAGGAAUCGGAUUCGGAGCUGUCUGAGAGUGAUGAUGAAGAUGAAGAUCUCGAGGGGUACCCCAAAAGUGUCCCCGGGAGGCGCCGCAGCAACAAGUGGAACCGUCGGAACGAGCGCGGCGAGACCCCCCUGCACCGCGCCUGCAUCGAGGGCGACCUCAAACGGGUCCGCCUCUACCUGGACCAGGGUCACCCGGUGAACCCUCGGGAUUAUUGCGGGUGGACCCCCCUGCACGAGGCCGCCAACCACGGACACCUCGAGAUCGCCCGGCUGCUGCUGGCGCGGGGCGCGGCGCGGGACGACGCGGGCGGGCCGGGCUGUGAGGGGCUGACGCCGCUGCACGACGCGUUGGCCUCGGGGCGGUUCCCCGUGGCGCAGCUGCUGAUCCGCGCCGGGGCCCGGCUCGACGCCCGGGACGCCAAGGGCCGGACGCCGCUGCAGACGCUGCAGGAGUGGCUGCGCAGCUUCGGCCCCGAGCUCGACGCCGAGACCCGCCAGAGCGCCCGGGAAACCCUCCGGCUGCUCCGCGAAAAAGGUGGGAAAAUAUCGGGAAAACAGCCGGAAAAUAUCGGGAAUUUGAGGAUUUUUGGGUGA